CUCCUCCUCCUCCAUUCCCCCAUUGCGAUCGCAUUCCCGCCUCUCCCUCUCCUACUCGUACUCUUGAAACAAGUUUGAACUACCCAUGUCCAGAAGAAUCCUCGUUAUCGGUGGUGUUGCCGGCGGUGCCUCUGCAGCUGCUCGUCUCCGCAGGUUGGACGAGAACGCUACCAUCACUGUCUUCGAGAAGGGACCCUUCGUGUCCUUUGCCAACUGCGGUCUCCCCUACUACGUCGGAGACGUCAUCAAGGAUGACAAGGAUCUUGUCAUCGCUACCCCUGCUCGAUUCAAGGAGCGCUUCAACAUUGAGGUCAAGACCAUGCACGAAGUCUUGAAGAUCAACAAGGAAGACAAAACCAUUGAGGUUAAGGACCUCAACACUGAUGACACCUCUGUCGAGAGCUACGAUGCUCUCGUGCUUGCUCCUGGUGCCUUCCCCAUCCGCCCUCCUCUUCCCGGCAUCGACCUCCCCGGAAUCUUCCUCUUGCGCACCAUCCCAGACAGUAUGCAGAUCCGUGCUUGGAUGGAUCAGUACAAGAUCAAGAAAGCUGUUAUCGUUGGCGGAGGCUUCAUUGGCCUUGAGACCACUGAGAACCUCGUUCAUCGUGGUGUUGAGGUGACCAUCGUCGAGAUGGGCACUCAAGUCCUCCCUCCUAUGGAUCCAGAGAUGGCUGAGGUCCUUCACGAGCAUUGCAAGGCCAAGGGCGUCAACCUCUGCUUGGGCGAUGGCGUCGCCGGCUUCUACAAGACUGACACCGGCCUUGAGGUCGCUACUCAGUCGGGCGCUCGCUACCCAUGCGACGUCGCCAUCCUUGGCAUCGGUGUCCGCCCUGAGACCAAGCUGGCCAAGGAGGCUGGGCUUGAGCUCGGCAAGCUGGGAGGGAUCAAGGUUGACGAGCAGAUGCGCACGUCUGACCCCAACAUCUGGGCUGUGGGCGACGCAGUGGAAGUGAAGGACUUCGUGACGGGACAGAUGGCGUUGAUCCCCUUGGCCGGGCCUGCGAACCGUCAGGGUCGCAUUGCUGCCGACGCGAUCAACGGGCGAUCGAGCACCUUCCGUGGUGUGCAGGGCACUGCUGUGUGCGGAGUGUUCGACAAGGUGGCGGCGGCAACCGGAGCGAGCGAGAAGACGCUCAAGCGGUACGGGAUCCCCUACGAGAAGGUCUACCUUCACCCCAACCAUCACGUUGGCUACUUCCCCGGAGCCAGGAACAUCAACUUCAAGCUUCUCUUCAACCCUCAGGACGGAAAGAUCCUCGGAGCUCAGGCGAUCGGAGAGGCUGGCGUGGAGAAGCGUAUCGACGUCGUUGCCAUGGCGAUCCAGCAGGGCAUGACGGUGUACGACCUGGAGGAGUCAGAGCUGUGCUACGCUCCUCAGUUCGGAGCUGCCAAGGACCCUGUCAACCUUGCCGGUAUGGUUGCCGCCAACUGCCUCCGCGGGGACGCUCCUGUGAUUCAGUGGGAGCCGAUCAUCAAGGGGGAGUGCGACCCCAACCACGUGCUGGUGGACGUACGAACCAAGGGCGAGGUGGCAAACGGCAUGUUCACUGGUGCUCGCAACAUCCCCAUCGAUCAGAUGCGCGAGCGCAUGUCUGAGCUCCCCAAGGACAAGCCCAUUUACGUGUACUGCGGGGUUGGAAUCCGAGGAUACAACGUGGUGCGCAUGCUGAAGCAAUGCGGGUAUGACGCAUACAACGUGCCGGGAGGAUGGACUACAUACAGUUUCUUGUCAAAGUGUGUCAAGUAGACUUGCUAGCUGAUACUUCUGUUUUCUAAUUUGAGUGAAUUGUUUUUUGUUG